GUGCGCGGGACGGCGCUGCGCGUGUCGUCUGACAGCAGCGACAGCGAGAGCGCUCGAGGAGAAAGAAGAGCGCGCGAGUACAGGCUGCGGUACGCGCGACUACACAACAUACCACCAGAACCUGAUCGAUCACAUGCACCCGGACAGGUUGAAGAUUCAGCACUGGAAUAGUGUCCACACCCCUCUGAGCUGCUGACGUCUGGUUCAAACGAGAGGAUUCACUCUCUGAUACAGUCUAAGCAGUCUCGUUGGCUAGUCGUGGAUGCCCCUGCAUGUUUGAAUGGUCACACUGAGUGUUGAUCGCAAGGCCCAGUUGCUUUGACGUGGAGGGGAAGGAUUUCUGUGUAACACCCUGCUAUGGACAGGAAGAGGAAUUGUACGCUCUGUGGAGGGGCUGUGAUGAUGCUGCUGCUUGGUCACAUGACCACUGCAUUAGAGGUGCCACUAGACCCAAAAGUUCUGGAGGGAUUACCACAGCCACCCACAAUAACUCAUCAGUCCCCCAAGGAUUACAUCAUCGACCCUCGGGAGAACAUCAUAAUCCACUGUGAGGCGAAAGGAAAGCCUCAUCCCAGCUUUUCAUGGACACGUAACAGCACUCACUUCGAUGUGGAGAAGGAUUCAAAAGUCAUCAUGAAACCCAAUUCAGGCACUCUGGUCAUUGACAUCAGCGAUGAGAAAGCAGAGGCAUAUGAGGGCAUUUACCAGUGCAUCGCCCGCAACGAGCAUGGCUCUGCCGUGUCCAAUAACAUUGUCAUCCGUCAGUCAAGGUCCCCCUUGUGGUCGAAGGAGAAAAAUGAACCAAUUACAGUGCAGAGAGGCAUGUCUCUAGUACUGCAGUGUAGACCCCCGGCUGGCCUGCCUCCACCAAUCAUCUUCUGGAUGGAUAACAAUUUCCAGAGGCUUCCCCAAAGCAGUCGUGUGUCCCAGGCUUUAAACGGAGACCUGUAUUUCUCCAACGUGCUCAUGGAUGACACCAGAAAUGACUACAUCUGCUACGCCCGAUUCCCACACACUCAAACAAUCCAACAGAAACAGCCCAUCACUGUCAACGUGCUGGACAUUGAAGCUAUGAAUGACACUGUGUUGGCAGCUUUUUUGAAUGGCUCUGAUUUUUGGGGUGACAGCCCAUCUGGAGAGAGAGCACCCUCUUUCAUGCACCCACCAGGGACACACAGUACAGCCACAGUCCUGAAAGGAGACACGCUGGAGCUGGAGUGCAUUGCUGAUGGCCUUCCAACACCAGAUAUCUCCUGGAGUAAGGUGAAUGGGGAGCUGCCAAGCGGCCGUUUUUUAUUUCACAGUUUCCAGAAAACUCUGAAGAUAACGGAGGUGACAGACACGGAUGGAGGAGAUUACCGCUGUUUAGCCAACAACCUUCUGGGGAGCAACCAUCACAUCAUCACAGUUGUGGUCAAAGCGGCUCCAUUUUGGAUAAGCGCCCCUCAGAACCUCAUCUUGGCCCCUAAAGAAACUGGAAUGCUCACCUGCCGGGUGGAUGGCAACCCUAGACCCAAGGUCACCUGGUCUGUCAAUGGAGUGGCCAUCGAGAACUCACCCAAGGAUCCCAGUCGGAAAAUUGAAGAUGAUGUCAUCAUCCUCAGUGAUGUCCAGACUGGGUCCAGCGCAGUUUACCAGUGCAACGCCUCCAAUGAAUAUGGUUACCUGCUGGCCAAUGCCUUUGUCAGUGUCCUAGCUGAACCUCCAAGGGUGCUGACCCCUCCAAACCAUGUGUACUCAGUCAUCACCAACAGUCGGGCGUUGCUGGACUGCGCUUCAUUUGGCUCGCCUCUUCCAAAGAUCACUUGGUUUAAGGACAGUCAAAGCAUACUGGAUGGUGGCUCGUACAUCAUUCAUCAGAAUGGUACCUUAGAGAUCAAUGUGGCUCAGCCACUAAACAGUGGUAAAUACACCUGCAUGGCCUCAAACAAUCUCGGCAACAAAGAAAAUCAUGUAUACCUGGAAGUGAAAGAGCCUACACGGAUUCUAAAACAGCCAGAGUAUAAAGUGGUCCAGAGAAACGGGGUGGCUGUGUUUGAAUGUAAGGUCAAACAUGACCCCACUCUUUUACCCACCAUGAUAUGGCUUAAAGACAACGGAGAACUUCCUGACGAUGUUCGAUUUGAGUUGGGCUCUGAUAGUUUGACAAUACAUGAUGUGAGAGAAGAUGACAAGGGUACCUACACCUGCAUAAGGAACACAACGCUGGACCACGAUUCAGCCAGUGCCACGCUUACAGUAGUCGAGGCCACACCAACACCACCUAUAGGACUGGAGCAACCAGACCCGCCUACAGACCUGGAGCUGACGGACCAACGAGAGCACAGUGUUCAGCUCACCUGGACUCCUGGAGAUGAACACAACAGCCCCAUUAAAUCGUUCCUCAUCCAAUAUGAAGAUUCACUCCAUGAGCGUGGAAUCUGGGCCAACAUGACUGAGGUUUCGGGAACUAGCACCACGGCCCGUCUGGAGCUGUCUCCAUACGUGUAUUACUCAUUUCGAGUUCUGGCACUCAAUGAAGUGGGUCUGAGUGAACCCAGCGUCCCAUCCAGACAGUACCGAACCAACCCUGCACAGCCUGACAUGAAUCCAUCAAAUGUUAAAGCCGUUGGAACAUCACCAGACAGUAUGACAAUAACUUGGAAGGAGCUGACAGGGCUGGAGUCGAAUGGUCCAGGUCUACAGUACAAGGUGAGCUGGAGACAGAAAGAUGUGGAUCAGGACUGGAAUUCACUCACUCUGGCCAAUGUCUCACAGUAUGUGGUGACUGGAACAGAUACUUUUGUGCCCUAUGAAGUCACUGUACAGGCGAUCAAUGACUAUGGGCUCGGCCCCAGACCUGAGGUGGUGUUGGGAUAUUCAGGAGAGGACUCUCCCACUGUGGCCCCAGAGAACGUGCAGGUUUCUGUACAGAAUGGGACAGUAGCUGAAGUGCACUGGGACACUGUUCCUCUUUCAACAGUCCGAGGGCGACUAAAGGGAUACAAGGUGAGUUACUGGAAGUUGAGAAGUCUACACAAGCAAGACUCUGAGCCUGAGAAGCCACGUGUGCUCAUCUUCAGUGGGAAUGAGACAGAGGGUCAUCUGUCCGGCCUCCAUCCCUACAGCCAGUACUCCCUCAAUAUUAGGGCCUUCAAUGGGAAGGGAGACGGACCCAGCAGCUCUGAUCAGCACUUUCUAACACCAGAAGGAGUUCCAGGGCCUCCUGCCGAGUUCAAAGUCAGAAAUAUGGAUCUGGACUCAUUGAUUGUGGAAUGGGCACCACCUCUGGAAGACAAUGGCCACCUAACAGGAUACCUGCUCAAAUACCAGCCUAUCAAUACAACAGAUGAACUUGGGCCUCUCAAAGAGCUGUUUCUACUAGCAAAUGAGACCAGCAUCACUCUCGACAACCUCAAAUACAGCACACGCUACAAGUUCUAUUUGAAUGCCAUGACAGUCAAGGGCUCGGGGCCCACCGUCACAGAAGAGGCCGUCACAGUAAUGGAUGAAGCUUUAAUUCGACAUCCCGCUGUAAAGGCGGGUAAAGGCUCAGUCUCCCCUCCACCACCACCACCAACCCCCCUUGUCACUCAAUCUUUGCAGCCCCUGUUGCACAAUGCGCCACCUGCUGGUCGGAUGUUUGGGAGCGUGAACUCCUCCGUGGAGGAGGACCAUGCCAUGAUAUGUUGGGAAUACUCGGGGCCGGAUAGGAAUGUUUUUGUGGAAUAUGUUGUUGAUAACAGUAAAGAACCCUGGAAAACAGAGUUUGUAAAUGGCACUCGGACAUAUCAGAUUAGAGGACUAAAGCCGGGGAUGUCCUAUAGGGUUCGGGUGGUAGCCAAAGACCACUCUGACGAAACGGUCCACAGUACAGAGGAGCUGUUGAUUACAGUUCCAGCCAUGACUAGCAAGCAAGUUGACAUAGCCACGCAGGGCUGGUUCAUAGGGCUGAUGUGUGCCAUUGCUUUACUGAUACUGGUACUCCUCAUCGUUUGCUUCAUUAAGAGGAACAAAGGAGGCAAAUACCCAGUAAAAGAGAAAGAAGAUGCCCACCAAGACCCAGAGAUCCAACCCAUGAAAGAGGACGAUGGGACAUUUGGGGAAUACAGUGACACUGAGGACCACAAGCCCCUCAAGAGCAGCCGGACCCCUUCCAACGGCACAGCAAAGAAGGAUGACAGUGACGACAGCCUGGUCGAUUACGGAGAAGGUGGAGAUGGCCAGUUCAAUGAGGACGGUUCCUUUAUUGGUCAGUACAGCGGGAAGAAGGAAAAGGACACAGCGGAGGGCAACGAGAGUUCGGAGGCUCCUUCCCCAGUCAACGCCAUGAACUCCUUUGUGUAACUGGCUGAAAACUCUCCAUCACCUUUGGCCAAUCCAAGACCCCACCCCAUUUGUCACACCAUCAUAUGGAGAACAGGCUGUCUCUGUUGCACUGUGACUCUCUGACAUCACACAGGAAAUAAAUGUCAAGCAACAAACAACAACCCUCAUUAGAAUGUAAGAAAUUGAAAGGAUAGAGAGAGAGAAAGAAAGAAAGAGGGAGAGAGAGAGAGAUGAAAAAUGUCAUACAUAUGCAAGAGUAUGUAAGUACCAGAGGGCCUGUCCUUUACCUUUAGCUUUACCCUGAUUUCUCAGAGUGAACGUCAAAUUACAUAUAGGUGUAAUCACUGUAUUAUCUUUUGGCAAGCAUACAGUAUAUAUAUAUAUUUAUCAAUAUAUGUGUAUAUGAAUAUAUAAAUUGACAUAUAUAAGAAAAUAUUUUAUUAACAUGCCCCCAUUACUCUCAGACGGCAUUGUAUCUCACCAUCUCGUCUGGACUUGCGUGGAAUCACUUGAUAUUAUCACAUCACGCCCUCAGUGAAUCAACAUUAGCCAGCAUUGUGGAGACUGUGAAUCUUGUCCAAAUAUGAUGCUCACAUUUGCUUCACAGCUGAUGCGUCGCAUUCUGUCGUCAGUGUUCAAAUCGGUAUUUUACACAUUUAAAGCACCAAUGUCUUUGUGGGCAUUGUUGUGAAGUAUGUGACUGUGUGUAAAAGCUAUUAGGUGUCUUUUUUGACAGACAGAAGCUCUAUGAAUAUACAAAAAAUCACAGUAGAACUUAAAGUUGGAUAUCAGGGAUGAAAGGUAGCAUUUUUAUGAUACAAAAGCACUCUUUGCAGACAAACUGUCACUUACACACAUGGUUGUGUCCUUUUUUCUGUUUUCUUGUGGUAAACAUUUUGAAAUGUUUUAUUUAUUUACAACAAACCUUUUUUGCUGUUUUAUCCCUGAAAAAAAAAGAGAUUGAGAGACUUAAGGCCAAAGUAUACUUCGGUUUUCAGCGUGAUGGUACGUUUCACACAAAGUGAGCGUGCAGCCUGGUUUUUCUAGACAUGCGGGCAGUCCGCCUCUGCACAUUCGCCUGCCGUGGACUGUACUAAAGAGUAUCAUAAAGAGGUCAUAUUGAGCAAACUCGCAGUACUACAAGCCCUUUUUUGCAUUUAAUCAAUUACAGGAAAUGAAUUCUAGAUAUCUACAAUUAUAUUUUCGCUAGUUAAAAUGCUUAUUCUUGAUAUCAGCAAUGGAAUUACUACUAGUGGAAAUGUUCAUUUUUGAUAACAGUAAUCAGGUUUGCAUUAGUUAAAAUAUUAAUUCUUGUUAUCAAAAAUGAUGUCAGUACUCAGGGAAUUACCAAUUUUCAAUUAUCAAAAAUGGAAUUUCAACUAGUAAAAAACAUAAUUAUUGAUAUCUCUAACUGCAUUUACACUAGUAGAAUUUCACAAUGAUCUGUCAUUUACACUUGUUCAAAACGCAAGAUAUCUAAUGCCUAUUACAGAUAUCUAUAAUUAAUUUCUUACUAGUUGUAAUUCCAAUUUCACAUAUCAGCACUGUACUACAGUACUUAGUAAAAAUGAUUUUUUAUAUCAGUAAUAACAUUGUCACUAUGUCCAUUCCUGAUAUUAAUAAUUGAAUAACAACUAUAGCAAAAAUGCUAUUUUUUUAUAUCAGUAAUGUGGUUUUACUAGUAGCAAUGUUAAUUUAAUAUAUUUAUAUUAUUAUUAGAACUAGUAAGAAAGACUUUUAUUGAUAAAUGAAAUCCAUUUCCAGAUAUCUGAAAUACAAUAUCUAACUUGUCCAAAUACAUUAUAUAAAAUCUUAGCAUUUUCACUAGAUAAUGGUUGAUAUCAGUAAUGGAUAUUUGUACUAGAAAUAAUGUAAUUAAUGAUAUCAAAAAAUACUAUUUUUACAAGUAAGAAGUACAUAGCUAUGUAAGUAGUAACUAUUAAGUAAUACAUUUUAGAUACUGUAUCUGUAAUUGCGUUUUGAACAGGAGUGAAUGACUACAAUCAUUAAGAAAUUCUACUUGUGAAAAUGCAGUUGCAGAUAUUAAGAAUUAUGUUUACUAGUUUACUACUAUUAAAAAUUACUUUUACUAGUUGAAAUUCUUAAUGAUAUUAAAAAAAAUGUAUUUCCACUUAAUUCUUUAUAUAAAGAAUUAACAUUUUUACUAAUGCAAAUGCAAUUACUGAUAUCAGAAAUGAGCACUUUCACUAGUUAUUCCAUUCCUGAUAUCAAGAAUUAACAUUUUAACUAUUGAAAACUGAAUUGUUGAUAUCUAUAAUUCACAAAGCAGUUGUAGUGCGCAUGCGGCAAACUUGUCUGUACGUGCUUGCGGUCAAAAGAAUAUACUUUGAAAGGCUGAGUGCUCGACUGCACUCGAAAAACUAAGUAUCCCCAAGCCUUUAAGGAGUUACAUUUCAUCCAGGACUGUUUUUCUAAACUGCAUUUUAAAGGAAAGCCCCCAUUCAGCCAUGUAGCCAACCUUUAGCCUCCUGUUCCGCCCACUGCGUCGAACUCCAAGUGGGUACAAACAUCUCGCAGUGUCCUAGGUGUGGUCUCACACUAUGGGAUUUAAGGAAGGCCCCUCAGCACGGUUCCAUAGUGCCUUGGUAGAAAAUAUUCUAUAACCACAGACAAAUUCCCUCUCUUCACUUAGAAUCAGAAUGUGGCUCGCUUUUAGAUUUAUACUACAAACAAUGCUGAGGUCCUGUGCAGAUUCAAGACCACAAGAUUCAAGGAGAUGUCACCACCAUUCGCCAUCACAGUCCACAAAAGUUCUGAUCACCUCAAUUCGUGGUGAGGGGCUUCUCAUUCCCCUUAUAAACAGCUAAAAAUACUGCCACAUUUCUGUAAUGAGUGAACUGCCGUUGAUUGGUGUGAUCGAACACGUUGAUGGCAGUUUGGAAAGCUCAUAACGGCAAUUGAAACAACUGACUUUGGUAAUUGCAGUAGCCUGUCCUGAGAAAUCUCACUGUAUGGAACACAAUAAGGCAGAAAUAUACACCUUCUCACAUGUAACCCUUUUUAAAAUCAUGUUAUUGCAUGUUAAGAAGUAUUACAAGCUGUUGAGUGUAGUGAAAUCAGGGCUUCACAAAACACACAGUCCGCAGUGGUGCUGUCAUCAAAUAUGACUGGAGAGAGAGAUUUUAAGUCUAUGUAUGCAUUUAUGCAGGCAUGCAUGGAUAUAUGUGUGUAUGAGAAGUGUGUGUGCCUAUUUGCAUGAGUGUAUGAAUGAGGGUGUGUCUGAGUAUAUGUGCGUGUCUCCACUGGAUGUAUGGGGCGAGCCUUUUUUUUUUGGCAAGGCCCUAGAUUUUCAUGAUUUAGCUUGUCAUAACUUGCAUCAAGUUUUUUAAGUUUAGAAAUGUUUGCUUUUUAAUGUAUAGAUAUGACAUUGCUUUGUAAAUAUCCAGCCAAAAUUUGAGAGGAGAAGAGGCAUCCCAGGAAGGGUUGACACUUAGCGCAGGAUUCUCAAGGGGGACUGUCCCAACAAUUUGUGUACUGUAAGUAACUUUAAAAAGCCCUUACAACUGUUUUAAGUGACAACAAACCCCUAGUCUUAAAUCCCAUGGAUCUCUAUUAUAUGAAAAACUGGAAAACAAAGUGACAGAGUAGCCUAUAGCCGCAGAAACUCUACAGUGUUCCACCUGAAUUCACAUUCACAUCAGCUUGUAUUCUUUUACUGGCACCGUUUUAUUGCCUGUUUUGCCAGAUGUUUCUGAAUUUUGCGCACGGAUGGUUUAUGAACCUUUUCUAUAGGAAUAAUAAGAGAAGAAGAAAUCAAAAGAAGUGAACACAUCCCCAAAGAAGGAGGGCUGAUUUCACUGCUUUGGAUGCGGAAUCUAUUGAUGUGUUUAUGAGGGGGCAUUGAAGAAUGAAAUUUAGUAUGUGAAAUACUAUUCUGGUUAAUGUUAAAGCUACAUGAAUAUAAAGCAUGAAAGGCUGUGAAAUGGUUUACUCUAUAAUAUAAUCACAAAAAUAUUUUGUAUAUAAAAGAAUUAAAAUAAAUGUUGGUUUCUGGAUUUCACUA